AUGUCGGCACUGAAUUCUUCGGAUCCAAACUUUGACAUUUACCUGUCGAUAAUUCAAGACAAAGGCUACUGGUUGGCUUUAGCAUUCGUUGGAUUUGUUCUGGCCUUCACCAUUAUAAUAGGAAACUCAGUUCUCCUCUUCAUAACUUACAAGGAUCCUCGAAAAACGCUUCGUACCCCACCAUGUUUAUUGAUCUCCAAUUUGAGCGCUUCUGACUUGCUUCUUGGGCUGUUAAACGUUUCUCUCGUGGCGGUGAGAGAUGUGUAUCGUUACAAGCAAGUAAAUAUGCCUUUCCUUGAAUUAUUCAGAGGUAUUAUGUCUACAGUUUUUAUUACAACAAUUUUCGUUAGUUGUUACUCAAUAGUAGCUAUGUCAACAACGUGCUUUGUGGCGAUUAAUAAGCCAAUGGAAUAUAAAACAAUCAUCACUAAAAAUAGAGUCAAGAUAUUUAUCGCUGUUUUAUGGAUGAUUUCUUUGUCGACCUGUGUUCUACCUGUGGCGAACGUUCCUGAGAAAACUUAUACGAUGAUUUAUCUUCACACGCACGCAACUGCACCAGCCAUUUUGUUGACUGUGAUUUACACGAACGUGUUUCGCGCUCUCUCGAGACGUACACGCGAAGUUCAAAGAGAGGGCUACAACUCUAUGGCGAGUAAAGCACUGGAACGUGAGAAAAAAAUGAUCAAAGCAAUUGUCAUAAUUCUUGGAUUAUUCUACAUCACAUACAUGCCUCAGUAUGUAGCUCUCCACCUAUUGCACUUUUGUGAAUCAUGCAAGAAGUCGUUAACUUUCCACAUGAUUGAUGUAGCCUUGUCUAGAUUUUUAUAUAUAAGUUCCGCUAUCAAUCCCUUCGUGUAUGCUUGGAGAGUACCGAAGUAUAACCAGGCCUUUCAAGACUGCUGGCAGAUGUGCCGUGGUAAACUGAUAAAUACCUCCCCUAAAUCGUUUGCGUCCUCUCUUCGUCAAAGUGGCAUUGAAAUGUCUGUGGGUGGUAGGGACAGAGCACAAAGCAAGCCAACUGAAUCAACCAAGCUUUGA